AUGGAGAAAAUUAUUUCUAUGAUUUUGUUGGCAACAACUGUAUUUGUUUUCAACGAUGGAGUACAUGGAAGAGCUAGCGAUAGAGAAACUCAAUAUGUAAUUGAUAGGAAGUUGAAGGCUCUCAAUAAACCUGCAGUGAAGACUAUUAUGAGUGAAGAUGGAGAUACAAUUGACUGUGUUGAUAUUUAUAAACAACCUUCGCUCGAUCAUCCAGCAUUGAAGAACCAUACUGUUCAGCUGAGACCGAGUUUUGAUCUAACUGGGAAGGUGGAUAGAAUAAAUAAAUCUGGUCAGCCAGUGGUCAAUCCUGAGCUAUAUGGUGAUAAUCAUACACGAUUGUUCGCAUACUGGACUGCUGAUGGUUACAACAACAAAGGUUGCUUCGACCUCACUUGCGCUGGAUUUAUUAACACAAACACAAACUUUACCAUUGGUGGAACCUUUCAUCCCAUAUCCACCACCCUCGGUGAGCAGUGGCAAAUCAAUAUUGCCAUAAAUCGGGAUCCGCAAACAGGUUAUUGGUGGUUUGUAUAUCAAAAUAACGUAGUUGGGUAUUGGCCAGCAAGUUUGUUCAAUUCCCUAAAGCAAAGUGCAAAUUUAGUGGAAUGGGGAGGAGAAGUGUAUAGCCAGGCAGUGAAGAAAACUCCACACGCAAGAACUGCUAUGGGAAGUGGAGAAAUGGCAUAUCCUCUAUAUGGUAAUGCACGCUACAUCAGGAAUGUAAAAAUUCUAGAUACUUCUCUUCAAUUGAAGUACCCUGAAUGGGUAGGCACUUGGACUGAUGAGUCUUCCUGCUACAAUGCAUACAAUGACUUAAAAGACUAUGAGGUACCCUCAUUUUUCUUUGGUGGGACACCUGGAAGAAAUGCAGAUUGUCAGUAG